AUGGUCAAAUUCAUUAAGGCUGGCAAGGUCGUCGUUCUCUUGCAAGGUCGUUAUGCUGGCAAGAAGGCUGUGGUUGUCCGCAACCACGACGAAGGCACCAAGGAUAGACCCUAUGGCUACGCUGUCGUUGCCGGUGUCGAGCGCACUCCCUUGAAGGUCACCCGUGCUAUGGGUAAGAAGAAGGUUGCCAAGCGUUCCCGCGUCAAGCCUUUCGUCAAAAUCAUCAACUACAACCACAUGAUGCCCACUCGUUAUGCUUUGGAUCUCGAGCAAAUCAAGGGUACCGUCUCUGCUGAGACCUUCAAGGAUGCCUCCCAACGUGUUGAAGCCAAGAAGGUUAUCAAGAAGCUCUUUGAAGAGAGAUAUCAAACCGGCAAGAACAAGUGGUUCUUCAACAAGCUCAGAUUCUAA